AUGCGCACUCGAUCGUCGGCUCCUUCGUCCGAGCAAUCAAAGCCGGAACAGCCCUCCAAACCACCGCUGACGACUGAGAAACCCGGCAAGACUUUCAUCCUCCCUUCUUCCGCCAGCGACGAAGCUCGGUUCCUCCAAUUGCCCAAUCCCCAAACCGGAGAACUCACUCGCUAUUUCUUCUGCCCAAAGCUGGGAAUAUAUGAAUUCACCGUAGUCACAUCAUCAUCGCAGUCCCCACGAAGUGUCCUCUUUUCCCCAAAGUCGGAGAACAACACGGCACCUGAUAGAAAACCCUCAAAGCCCGGAAAUGCGAGUAUAGCGAAAACUGCGCAAUUGUUAAUUGCGACGCCCAUAGAUGUGGUUUUCUUCCUGAUUCCGUUACUAUGCCCGAAGUCUUCACAGGCAAAAGGCCUAUUCCAACCCCUUGACGACAUCAUCGACUCGCAAGACGACCUACCCAACCACUUCCAGCACGUUCUCUACGACGAAUCUUUCAAGAAUGUCUUACAGGCGCGAGCCGAGGCUAUUUGCGAUUCGAUGGAGGCAGGAGAUGAAAAAUUGUUCCGAUUCAGCGAGGCCAAACUCCUUAAGGAACUGAUUGCCAAAGCAGAGCGGAUGGUAGCACUGGGACUUCCUGCCAGCAUGGAAGAACGCUUCAUUCGCCAAGCUUUGUCCACACCUCUAAUGGCUGUCAAACGAGAGGAUGCCUCGACCAAUGCGGCGCCGUCCAAUAGUAAUAGUGACGGCGAAACAGCGCCGCAGGAAGACAAAGAGACACCGGCAACAACAGCAAGCUCGACUUCGGUUCCUACGCCCUCGGACGUGUCCACCCCUGCUACAGAGUCGCCUCCCAAUGAGCCAACUGUUUCAGAUGAUGUGGCUCGUCUACUGAGGAUCUCGACCGCUAUAACCUUCAUGAAGGAUUCUUACCUGUCUGCAGCUCUGCGCACUAAGGUCGAUGAGCUACUUUCCAGCUCCGAGAGCCCUAUAGACUUCAAACCUAUGCAUGAUCACCUCAAGCGUGUGGCCGAGCUUCGGGCAGAGGCGCUUGCGUCACGAUCUUUAGGGGAUUUCAGCCGGAAGCGUGAUAUCGAUGACGACGAAGGCGCCGAGUCACGGGCGGACAAGAAGCGCCGCAAGGAGGAAGAAGAGAAGAAAAAGAAGGCGGGAGAGUCCCGUGGAGUCCGAGAUCUGAAAAAGGUGAAUACCACCGGAAUGAAAAAGAUGAGCGACUUCUUUUCAAAGGCGGCUGCCAAGAAGAAAUCUUGA